AUGCUAAAUUCUCCGUCGGACGAUCGAUCACCGUUUACAACGGCAAAUAAUCAACCUGCCAAACGUUUCGUUAACGAACGCUAUCCGAAAACGUGCUACGAUGAUGUUCCAUCAACAUCUCAUGAUACACAUGCAACACGUACUCGUCGACAUCUACAUUUUCAUACCCAACCGAUAACCCUGACAGAAAUCAAUGAAACCGAUGAAGAGGUCAAGAACGAAAAUACUCAUCAGCAGGAAUCUCAAUCGACCGUAUCGGAAGAUUUUCAACGCUUGGAACAUCUUGCGUUAUCGGAAAGUCGUCGACGAUCAGCGAGAAAGAAAUUGCCACUGAAGAAUUAUCUUGAACGACAGCGACUGAAAGCGACAAGAGAAGAACCUGUCGAAAACGAAACAAAUUGA